AUAUGUGUCACAAAGAUGUCUACACGGAACUGCCAGGGAAUGGACUCGGUGAUCAAACACCUGGAUACAAUUCCUGAGGAUAAAAAAGUCAGGGUUCAGAGGACACAGAGCACUUUUGACCCAUUUGAGAAACCAACUAAUCAAGUAAAAAGGGUGCAUUCUGAGAACAAUGCUUGCAUUAACUUCAAGUCCUCCUCUGCUGGCAAAGAGUCGCCUAAAGUUAGACGGCACUCCAGCCCCAGCUCGCCAACAAGUCCCAAGUUUGGCAAAGCUGACUCAUAUGAAAAACUGGAAAAACUAGGGGAAGGAUCUUAUGCUACAGUCUACAAAGGGAAAAGCAAGGUAAAUGGGAAAUUAGUAGCCCUGAAGGUGAUCAGGCUGCAAGAAGAAGAAGGUACACCUUUCACAGCAAUCAGGGAAGCUUCUCUACUAAAAGGACUAAAACAUGCUAACAUAGUGUUGCUUCAUGAUAUCAUCCAUACCAAGGAGACACUGACACUUGUCUUUGAAUAUGUGCACACUGAUUUAUGUCAGUACAUGGACAAGCACCCUGGGGGACUCCAUCCAGAUAAUGUGAAGUUGUUUUUAUUUCAGUUGCUGCGAGGACUGUCUUACAUCCACCAGCGUUAUAUUCUGCACAGAGACCUGAAACCACAAAACCUUCUGAUCAGCGACACGGGGGAGUUAAAGCUGGCAGAUUUCGGUCUUGCGAGAGCGAAAUCUGUCCCUAGUCACACAUACUCCAAUGAAGUGGUUACCUUGUGGUACAGACCUCCAGAUGUCCUACUGGGCUCCACAGAAUAUUCUACCUGCCUUGACAUGUGGGGAGUUGGUUGCAUCUUUGUUGAGAUGAUUCAAGGAGUUGCUGCUUUUCCAGGAAUGAAAGACAUUCAGGAUCAACUUGAACGAAUAUUUCUGGUUCUUGGAACACCAAAUGAAGAUACGUGGCCUGGAGUUCAUUCUUUACCACAUUUUAAGCCAGAACGUUUUACCCUGUACAGCUCUAAAAACCUUAGACAAGCAUGGAAUAAGCUCAGCUAUGUGAAUCAUGCAGAGGAUCUGGCCUCUAAGCUCCUCCAGUGUUCUCCAAAGAACAGACUAUCGGCACAGGCCGCCUUGAACCAUGAGUAUUUCAGUGACCUGCCCCCACGGCUUUGGGAACUGACUGAUAUGUCUUCUAUUUUUACCGUCCCAAAUGUGAGAUUGCAACCAGAAGCUGGAGAGAGCUUGCGUGCCUUUGGGAAAAACAAUAGUUAUGGCAAAAGUCUAUCAAACAGCAAGCACUGAGGAGCACAGAAUUCUCAAGAGAGCACAGGAUUAAGUUGUCAUCAUUCAGGAAAGAAACAAAACAUUAAUGAAGUGGCCAAUAAUGUGAAGGGAAUCAUGGAUUGGUUUCCCUGCGCUCCCUGUGGUGGAUUUCACUUACAAGAAAAUUGAAGCUGGCAAGACCCUGUUUUCUCUGCAAUUCAUUUAAAACCUUGCACGCAUUUGGAUACCUUGUGAUUUCCAAGAACUAUGUGAAGAUUAAGCUUUGCUUACUGAUACAUGGCAUGUAUUCUUUUCAGUCUUUUGUGUUUGAUUUUGUUUGAUUUCCCUCUGCAGCACAGUGUCUCUGUAAAGGUUUUUAUGUUUUCACCACCCAUGUCUUAAAUACAUUAAGACAACACAUUUGGUGUUCACACUUCUUCAGUAAUGUCUGUACUUGAAAGCCACACAGUGGCAAAAAAAAAAAAUAUGUGUUUUCUUUGAGAGCAGUGCAUAUUUUGUAACCACUAAGGAAGGACCUUUUUCACUGCAGCAAAACCCCUGUUCUCUGACUGACUUAGACAGCAGGGCCCCAGACUGUGGGGCCCACCUGUCGCUUACCUUUUGAAGAAUUUGCAAAAUGUGUUUUGUUUUGUUUGUUUCUUGGAAAUAACCACACAUUUGUAUAGGAUAGUGAAACUUGCUUAGCCUUUUCAAGCCACAAAUAACAUAACUGUCUUCAGAGCAGUUUGGAAAUGAAGAAAACACAUACUAAGCAUCAACAACAAAGACAGGGCUAUACCGAAUAGUUUUCAACCUCAAGAAAUAGAGGUAACUUUUUACAUUGGUUCUGCGUCUUGUCAACAUCUUUUUUUUUUUUUGCUAUCUCUACUCUGUUAACCCCUUGUAUUUUAUAUGGAGAAAAGAGUGAGGAACAGAAUAUUUAAAACUUGGGUAUAAAAGAUUCAGAUCAUAGUUCAGAGGAACUCUGAACACAGCCUUGGAUGAUUAAUACUUAAACGCAAAGGAUUAAUUUAUCCAGAGUGAAAGGUUUUCUCACUUACAACACACACCUUUGAUUAUACUUUUAGAAAACAUUCCAAGCUGAUUAGAAGAUAUCAUUGGGUACCUGACUUUAAACCAGUCUUCUGGAAUAACUGUUCAAAUGCAGGUUUUAGAAACAAUGCAGGAAUUUUGCUUUAAAGAUAGAAAUAGGAAAAAGGAGACCCCAGCUUCUCUUGUUUAAGGAUAUCAGGAGCCUGUGGCACUGCAGAAAAGGCACUGGUAUUGACCUUUUUGAUCUGGAGAGGGGCUGCCUGGUGGAGGCUGGCUCCCAGGGGAAAUUCUGGUGUUACUGGGGUCAAGAAGCAGUUUAAAGACUUCAUCUACUGCAUGCACAGUUCCCACAGAAAUACCUUUGUGUCCAUUGCUUCACAUUUUCCUAUUUGUUAGAAAGAAGGAGCAAUGACAAUUUUGAAAUAUGCCAUACACUUUUAGGAUCAAAACUAAGAAUUAUGAUCCAUCUCGACAAGGGCUUUCUGAGAGUCAGGUCUGGGGAAACUUCUCUAUGGUCAAACCCAUUACACAUAGAGAAGUGGACCCAGAAUACCUCUCUAUAAAAUGGUACUGUCUGUGGAGUGAAGUGAGGUGUGAGUGCAUAUUCCAGGUCAAAACCCAUCCUAACCAGAUGUCUUGUUCAUCAUGAACUCGUGAAUACUAAGCAAGGAAUUGUUUACUAGUUGGUUUUUAAAGGAAGCAAACAAAACCCAAUACUAGAAUGUUUACUCUUUACUACCCAGGGAUCUUUCUCAUUCCUCUUCCAGACAUUCCAAUCCAUGGAAGUCUUUAGAGCUAUUUUGAUUUAAAGUAUACUUAAAUUAGGAUUUCUUGAAGUAAACAUAUGAAAGAACUGUAUAUGUAAUCAGAAACGGCCUUUUCCCUGUUCCUUAUUUUGAACUGUUCACUUAUUUGGGGGAGAAGCGUAAUGCUUGUGUGUUAUAAGUUUAAAUCAAAGAGUUUGUUGAUUAAACCUUACCAUUUAAUAAGGCUUCUAAUUUGAAAUUAUUUAAGGUUGACAGACUUCAAUUAGGAAUGUGAGGGUGAUAAGAUCAUGCCCUUCUCGUAGACAACUUCUCUUGGGAAAUAAAACGUAGCAUAGGGAAUCAGUCUUAUGACAGAGACAUGCUCCCAGCAAGUUAAAAGGUUUUCAGAUCCCCAUCCUUGCCAACCACACAGGAAACCCAAAGUUUGGUUUGGCCCCUUCCUUUCCUCUCCUUUUUGCAAUCACAGACCCAUUCCUCCUCCCCCCGCACACACACACCCACACCUGCUUUUCACUCCUAGGCUCCCUGAGGGGAGUCAUGAAAAUCAAUACAGACUAUGUUCAUUAACAGAUUAAUUAUACUGGAAUGUAUCAGAAAAAGGGAAGCACUGGAAUGUUUGUGAGAUUAUUUUUGUAUGAAGGAGUCGCUUGAGGUCCACCAGCUGGUGAGAAUAGCAUGAACACCUUAGCCUGGUGACUGCAUUCACAUGACCUCACUGCACAGGAAGGAGAUACCAGGACUUCAUUUCCAUUUCAUUAAAGGACUGGUUUGAUUGAAAUGAUGUUCAAUGAAAAUACAGAGGGCAGAGAGCUGGGGUGGCUGUCUACCUAUGAUGCAUGGGUUAGAAGCUACUUCUCCCUUCCAAGAAUGAUCAGAGGACUUUGCAAAGGAGCCUCCAAGGCUUCACAGAGAUCAAGGCUCAGUAUCCUUCCUCGGUGUGUAUAGGACAGCCGAUAUAAUCAGCACCCUAGGUAUGCGUUCAUAUAAGAUUCUCAUCUGUGAAUAUUACUGGGUUUGUAAUCUUUGUUAUAUAAGAGGAUGUUUAGGCUGUACAUACUGGGGUAGAUUGUUGCCUGCCCCUUAUACAUAGGAAUAUGCUGCAUUACUGUGUGUAACGUCCAUCUCCUUUACUGGCUUGUAGGCAGAGGAAACUGUAUGUUACUGCCUCGCAAUUUUCUCAUACAUCAGAAUAAAACCUUUCAAAUCUCAAAUAAAAUAAGCAAUUACCUAUUGCCAUUCCCCUUCUCAUAGCAGCAUAUAUGAAAUCUACACUCUUUGUUUGGAAGUGGACUUUUCCCUUUUAUUGUCUUUUUUGUGUGUAUGAUGCACUGAGAUGUGUACUUUCUAAUGAGGUUGGUACCUACGAAAUGUGCUAGCAUCAUUCAGAAAACUAUUAUACUUCAAAAGGACACCUAGUAAGGAGAAUGGAAUACUAUGCGUUGCAUAUUUGUUACCACUUGUAAUUUGUCUGUAUUAUGAAGGAUGUAACGGUUUGUCAGCUGUCACUUGUUUUAUUGUAACAUGAUAUGGAAUAAAGUAUAGAAGAUUCUC